AUGUCAGUGGGCUGUGCCUGUCCUGGUUGUUCCUCAAAGUCAUUCAAGCUGUACUCGCCGAAGGAGCCCCCGAACGGCAACGCCUUCCCUCCUUUCCAUCCCGGCACCAUGCUAGAUCGGGAUGUGGGCCCAACUCCCAUGUACCCGCCUACGUAUCUGGAGCCCGGGAUUGGGAGGCACACACCAUAUGGCAACCAAACUGACUACAGAAUAUUCGAGCUUAACAAACGGCUUCAAAACUGGACAGAGGAGUGUGACAAUCUCUGGUGGGAUGCUUUCACAACUGAGUUCUUUGAGGAUGAUGCCAUGUUAACCAUCACUUUCUGCCUGGAGGAUGGACCAAAGAGAUAUACCAUUGGCCGGACCUUGAUCCCACGCUAUUUCCGCAGCAUCUUUGAAGGGGGUGCUACGGAACUGUACUAUGUGCUUAAGCACCCCAAGGAGGCAUUCCACAGCAACUUUGUGUCCCUUGACUGUGACCAAGGCAGCAUGGUGACGCAGCAUGGCAAACCCAUGUUCACCCAGGUGUGUGUGGAGGGCCGGUUGUACCUAGAGUUCAUGUUUGACGACAUGAUGCGGAUAAAGACGUGGCACUUCAGCAUCCGGCAGCACCGAGAGCUCAUCCCCCGCAGCAUCCUUGCCAUGCAUGCCCAGGACCCCCAGAUGUUGGAUCAGCUCUCCAAAAAUAUCACCCGGUGUGGGUUGUCCAAUUCCACUCUCAACUACCUCCGACUCUGUGUGAUACUCGAGCCCAUGCAGGAGCUCAUGUCCCGCCACAAGACCUACAGCCUCAGCCCCCGUGACUGCCUCAAGACCUGCCUUUUCCAGAAGUGGCAGCGCAUGGUAGCACCCCCCGCGGAGCCCGCGCGGCAGCAGCCCAGCAAACGGCGGAAACGAAAGAUGUCAGGGGGCAGCACCAUGAGCUCGGGGGGUGGCAACACCAACAACAGCAACAGCAAGAAGAAAAGCCCAGCCAGCACCUUCGCCCUCUCCAGCCAGGUACCUGAUGUGAUGGUGGUGGGGGAGCCCACCCUGAUGGGCGGGGAGUUCGGGGACGAGGACGAGAGGCUCAUCACCCGGCUGGAGAACACCCAGUUUGACGCGGCCAACGGCAUUGACGACGAGGACAGCUUUAACAACUCCCCCGCCCUGGGCGCCAACAGCCCCUGGAACAGCAAGCCUCCAUCCAGCCAAGAAAGCAAAUCGGAGAACCCCACGUCACAGGCCUCCCAGUAAAGGCCUUUCCAUGGCCACCCAGCGCUCUGCCUGCCUGCCCCACCCCUCGCAGCCCCAGGGAGCAGAAGACAGAAUGAAGAGACUGAGCAUCUAAAAUGGGCAGCCUCCAUCCACCCACUUCAGGGAGGAACUGGACUCGCUGGGGGCAGGUGCCAAGAUUUGCCCCCCAGUGGCCCUGGGCGGGGCCUGGCCUCUGCAGAGCCUUUUUGGGGGAAGGGGGUACUCAUGUGGAUGCCUACAUGGACCCUGGGCCUCUGAGAAAUGUCCUGAUCACCCCCCAGGGCAUUUGCAUCCAUCCUCACCCCAGGUUCUGGGUUCCCAAUCCUCCUGACUUCACCCCCUUCAAGCCUGGGGUUGUCUAUUCCACAGCCCUUAGGGACUUAAAAUUAUGGGGCUUGGUUGAGUGCCCCUUUCCUAAACCUUCCCCUAGGUGGCUGGUAGUAGAGGGGUAAACCUCUGGCUCCUCCCUGCAGCCACCUAUCCCAGCUCCCAAGUUUUUUAAAAAAUAAUAUUAUUAAAAAUGUAAGUUUAAAAAAAAAAGUCACACAUGUACCCCCUCUUCCCCUUAUUAAAAGUCCAGCUACCUCCCUA